AUGGCGACAAGGUCAGAAAACCCGUUUCCAAAGGCAAAACAACCCCAUCGAGUGCCAAAGAUUGUGGCCGAGGACCAGACUAUCAAGACUGCCACUGAUCAUGGGCUGGUCCUGACCAAGCCAGAGGACCUACAGAACAAGAUCCGCCUCAUAUGGGAAACACUCAAGAUGAGAUUUGAGAAGCCUGGGAGAUUAAAGCCAUGCUAUACGAGUUGGACAGACCAGGCCAGAAGGAUACUAUCGAGACACAAACUUCUGAAGCCACGGGAUGAUCUGUUCUCUAUGCACAGUCGUCGACAACGAGACCCAGGACAAGACAAGGGAGAUCAGCUCCCACGCCACGCCCUUCGGUUUGUCUUGAGAGCCUGCCUCGAUGAAAUUACAUCAGCCGAAUUUCACUCAGAGGUGGUUUUGGACCAGGUGAAGGCUCUCGUUCGGUACUCUCGACUGUCCAGCGAAUGCACUCCAAAAUCCUCGCAUCAACAAGCGCUCGCUACCGACGAUACGUCGGUAUCCUCCGCCGACUUUCGUCGUAUUCUGCUUGUCAUCCGCAGCUGCCUCGAAUCGUUCAUGACCUACACUGACGAUGUCGUCAAAGCGCUUGCUGCAGGGCAUGAGCCCUCUACGAUAUGCAAACAUAGAUACGUUGUUGAAACAGCUCGGCGCCUCCGUCGACAUUCAUAA